CCAACGGAUUGGCAGCACUGGUCUCCGCGAGGUCGUAAUGGCGGCGUCUAGCGCAUUAUCCGGUCCGUCGUGAGUGAAUGAUGCAUCACGAAACGGUGCUCCGUUUUCAUGCACGAUACGACGGCAAUCGAGCAAACGGACAGUACGUGCACGUAACAUUUUAACGACGUAACAUUGACGAAGUCGUCAACGAUCGAGCGCUCGAGUCGAAAUGGACCAGGCACCCGCAGACACAGAAUUACGGAACAUCAUAGACAAACUGGCGCAGUUUGUCGCUCGCAAUGGACCAGAAUUCGAGCAGAUGACAAAGAACAAGCAGAAGGACAACCCGAAGUUCAGUUUCCUGUUUGGGGGGGAGCAUUUCAACUACUAUCAGUACAAAGUGACUACAGAGCAAGCCAUUUUAAAGCAAAAAGGAAUAAAUCCAAUGCAAAAUGCAGACCCACGUUUAAACGUUUCGCAGCAGCAGCAAACAGCCGCAAACGCCGUCUCGCAGCCACUGACUAACGUCAAUCUUGCGUCCGGUCUGAGUACGCAAAACAAUGGAAUAAAUCCGGUAGUCGGGAUCGGGCCCCAGGUGGGAAGCCAAGGCGGUCCCGUUUUGCCUGGACAGAUUGGAGGACCAGGAAAUGCAGGACCGCCAAUUGGACCGGUUUCCGGCGCCAUGGGAGGUGUGAAUCCGCCGAUCGCCGGUGUCGCGCAGGCGGUUAACAUCGCGGCUCCACCCGCGUGGCUGCAGAAUGAGCUGGCGAAUCUACAGUCGCAGCAGACGACGUUGCAGGAACAAGUGAGACAAUCAGAACAGAACCUGGCUGCGCAGCAUGCUGCGUUGAUGGCUCAACAGCAGGGGAGAGUGGAGGACGCUGUGAGGCAGGCGCAGGAACAGGCACUGCAAAACAGUGCGCAAAGCACGAACACAGACUUGGCUGCAUUUGACACAGUGCUACAACCGAUCAUCGAUAGCUGCACAAAGGAUAGCAUAAGUGCAGGGAAAGCCUGGAUACUUCAGAAUUCACUUACAUCACAGAGUAAUCAAGUUGUUGCGGAUCAUUUGCUGAAAAGAGUAAUUCAGGGGACAACCUUCAGCCAUAAGUUACACAUUAUUUAUUUGGUGAAUGAUGUCUUACAUCACUGUGCAAGAAAAAAAUCUAUGGAUCUCCGCAAAGCAAUGGAAAGUGUUGUUGUCCCCAUGUUCUGUAAUACUUCACUAGCGGCCUCCGAAGAACAACUUAAUAAACUGAAUAAAUUAUUAAGUUUGUGGGAAUCAAAGAAUAAUUACUUUGACGAAGGCAUCAUAGAUAAGUUGAAACAACCGAGCGCGUCUUGGUCGGAAUACCAAGCUAAUUUGGUAGCGCAAUAUGCUACCGCGAUUACUCCUAUUACAGCGUCGACAAAACAGACGUUCGAUAAUUAUCAAGCGCAACAUCAAGCGUUUGUCACUCACGCUUUAAGACAGAUCCAGAAUAUUGAACAACAAAAGAUGGCGAUAGAUCAGCAAUUGAAAGCUCCACCGCCACCCCCACCACCUCAAAUGAGUCAGCAAAAUAUGUCAAUACCACCUAGUCAUUCUGGUCCACCAAACACAAUGGGUACAGAUGUGAAUUUCAGUCAACCACCACCAGGAUGGGGUGUCCCACCCUCGAACGAACCGCCGCCAUUUAGCAAUGUUCCUUUGCCAGACUUUUCGAAACCACCACCGGGUUUCGGACCGCCACCCGUUAUUCAUGAACCUUCUGUGGAAGACUUGAUGCCUAGUAUGCCUUAUUUCGAGCUUCCAGCUGGUUUGAUGGUACCACUGAUAAAGCUAGAAGAUGGUGAAUAUAAGCCAUUAGAUCCAGACGCGAUAAGACUUCCACCCCCAGCCCCUCCGAGUGAUCGUUUAGUUGCAGCUGUAGAAGCAUUUUAUGCACCACCAAAUCAUGAUUCUCCUAGAGAUAGUGAUGGAUGGGAAAAAUUAGGAUUAUAUGAGUAUUACAAAGCGAAAAAUGCCGCUCGCAAACGUAAAGAAGAGGACAUAGCCACUGGCAUUAGACAGAAAUCGAAAUCUCCAUCACCGAUUUUACGACCAAGAUCUAAAAGUCCUAGUCCGCCAAAGAAACGCUAUCGGAGCAAGUCACGCAGUAGAUCACGUUCGCGCUCACGAGGCAGAAGUAGAUCGAGAUCGCCCACAACUAAUCAUAGACGCAACAGUCGCAACAGCAAUCAUGUUAAUAGGAGCCGAAGGAGAAGGAAUAGUAAUAAAGAUCGCAGUCCUGAUAGGAGAAUGGAUAGACAGGAUAGAAGUCCAACUCCUCCUAGUUUUCUUGGCUCCACUUAUAGUAAAGCUCCACAAGAAAUUAGUCUGGACGAGAGCAAUAAAGGGCAUCAAUUACUCAAGAAAAUGGGAUGGAGCGGUGCUGGUCUUGGUGCAAACGAGCAGGGCAUUGAGGCACCCAUUUCAGGGGGAGAGAUUCGUGAUAAAAACGAUCAAUACAAAGGGGUCGGUAUCAAUUUGAAUGAUCCAUAUGAGACUUUCCGAAAAAACAAGGGUCAAGCGUUCAUUACCAGAAUGAAAGCUAGAGCAGAGGAACGCGCUGAAGAGAGGGGGGAACGCGACUGAACGUUAUUGUUAUAACGAAACUUCCGCAUGUUUACGAUACUUUGUGAAUGGAACAGAUAUCUGGCAAAAGAUAUUAAGAACGUUCUAGUUCUACAUUGGAAAUCCAUUUAUAAUUCCAAAAAAAUUUAUGCUACCGCCUAUGAGGGCUGAUUUCCAAGAUCGACAUAAUUUUUUGACUCUCAAGCAGUUGUCCUCUCAUUAAUUCUGAAUCCCUAUUACACAUCACCAAUUUUACAAACUAUCACAGGUUAAUGCUGAUUGUUUUAUAUUGAAACCGCACUGAUUAUUUUUAUUGAGAGCUAUCUUCAUCACAAUCUUACAGUUAGGCGAUCAAUUAGUGAGUAUUGUGGGGCUCAAUUGUACAUUUUUAACAUAAAUAAAAUUAUGGACGUAACAAAUAGAAUUUGUUUCAAGCUUAAUGUAUGAACAGAAAUCAUGAAACAAAUAAUUAAACUUGUUACAUAAUUUGAUGAAAAAGAUUAAUUGGAUCUAUAAUUAUAUAAUCUCGGUAUUUAAAACGAGCCAAGCGCGUUAUCAUCACAUCCAUCGAAAAAAAUCUUUGGUUUUAUUUAAUAUAUUAAUUAUAUUUCAUAUAUAAUAAAUUUUGUUCUAUUUUCACCCGUUAUUGGGAUGAUAAAAUGAUACUCUCUCACACAGCAGAAGUACAAUUCGUUUUGUGCCGUAAAAUAGCAUGGGCGGAAAAUAACGUGAAAAAUAAGAAUACUUAUAUUUAGUAAGUUAACAAAUGAUUAUAUUGGAUACAUUGAACGAUAGCUCAAGAAUAAAAACUGUACAUUUAUUAUGAAAGUGAAGACGAA